AAUUUGAAUUGACUCAGUUAAUGUCAAAUUAGGCCCAGUCGAUUGAACGAUCAACAGUCACACUCGGUUCGACGAACUCCUCCCGCUGGUUUUACUCCGGUAAUACCAACCUCCAACCUUGAUUUGAAGCAAACUCUGUGUGGAUGUUUGAUCCAUAUGUAGCUAUUGAAGAUCAUCUAUUAAGUAAAUGCUAGAAACAUCAAUAAAGAGCUGUGUCUUGGAUGAUACCAUGAGUUAAUUUGGUAACGUUGAGGGGAUAGAAAGGAAACUUUGUUGAGAAAAUGGGACCGUCGGAGAAGGAAAUUUGCAUAAAAUGUGAGAAAGGUGGAGAAGUGUUGGCUUGUGCUGAUAUUUGUUGUCCUAUAGCAGUUCAUGUUAGGUGCAUGGGUUGUCCAGCUAGAUUUGAUGAUUCGGGGAAAUUCUACUGCCCCUAUUGUCUGUAUAGGAAAUCAGUUGCAAAAUUUCAUCAAGCAAAGGAGCAUGUUUUGUCGAAAAAACAAGCUCUGCAUACUUUCAUAGAUAAGGAAAUGAUAGACAAUGUCAGAGAGGUGCCAUCAAUAGUGAGCAAAUCAACAUGUGAAAGAGCUGUUGAGCCAUUACCAGAAAAUAAAAGUGAGGUUCCUGGGCAGCAAAUACAUUCAGGCCCAGCUGUUGCUUGUGGUAGCAAACCUAGUGAUCAUACAUCUUCUAAAGCAACAGCGACCGACUUUAGAGUUUUAGAAACUGGAAACGGGGUUCAAGUAAAUGGUCUACAAGAAGUUGGUGAACAACUAGAGAGAAGUGUUCAAGAUCACCACCAGGACAACCACUUAAGUAACUCAUGUGUUGCUGAAGAGGAAAAAUUGGAGAAUGAACUUGUUUUGGAUGAAACAAAAAGAAAUUCUGUUGAAAUUGCAGGAGAGCCCAUGAUAGGGGUUGAUCAAACUACUGCAACCUUCUUGAAUGCAGACCCUUUACUGCUGCAGCACUUGAAAGGUAAAAGAAGAGUUGAAACUGGGGAUUCAAAAUGUAGAGAAUCUAAGCCUGUUUCAACACAACGUAGGUGUGGUAAACUGGUUAACAAAGUCAGAGAUGAGCAUAUGGUCACCAACUCUCCAAGAAGGUUAACUAGGACAUCAGCUUCUUUACUUGAGAAUAGUAAUCUAGCGGGCCAGUUAGUGCAAGUUAAACAGCCUUCCAUGUUGUUACCAGUUGAGCUUCCAAAUGGGAAACGUAAAAGAGUAUUAUGGCGUCACGAAGAGGAAGAGAUGCUUGAGGAAGGAGUUAAACAAUUCUCAACCACAGUAAACAAGAACAUCCCAUGGAGGAAAAUUCUAGAACUUGGUCGUCAUGUGUUUGAUCAGACACGUAAUCCAACUGAUCUCAAGGACAAAUGGAAACAAAUCUGCUCUAAAUAUGGCGGGCAAGUUUGACCAGGAGUUCUUUGCUGAACUUGAAAUGUGGAAAGCGUUUUUGGUAUUCUGUGAUAUCCAGAUUCAAAUGUGUGAUACAUACCUUUUUCUCUUUUGUGGAUAACUUCUUCAUCAGCAAGCAGGUCAGUUUUGAGGGGUAAAAAGUUAGAAUUAGUUUUGGUCUUAUUUGUUAAGAUGAACAUAAUGUUUUGAUGGGGUUUACCCUGCGUUUUCUGGUCGAUAGUCGAGGGAAUGUGCAAAUUUCCUUAUAAAUCAACAGCUUAGUGUACUCGAUACUUGUAUACAGUAGUAAAAGUACCAGAUAGUUUUAGAGAGAGAAUUUAUGCUUGGUUGUUUUCCUGAUCACCUUUUACUCUAUGCUGCACCCACCCCACACCUUCGCCUUGUGGUCACCCAACAGGCAAAUGGUAAAAAGAAAUGAUAAGUAGAUGUGGUUGAACUCGUGAAGGAAGCUGGCUAUUGCUUGAGGUAGUUUUCAUUUUUAUGGUGUUUCAGAUAUAUGGACUUGGAAACCUGUGAAUGCAGCCUUUUAAAUUUCUCGAUUCCUAAGCUUUACAGCUUGUUUGGAUGGU